CAGAUCGAGAAUAAAUGAAAAUCUUUGAAAAAGAAAAGAAAGAAGAGAACAGUAAAGAUCGAGGCAUAUAGGGAAAAAGAAAAGUAUUGGUUUUCCUUCGAUUUUGAUUUUUUUUAUUUAAAUAAGAAAUCACGAAAUGUUAGAGAAGAUCGGGUUGCCUUCAAAGCCUUCGUUGAGAGGGAGUACUUGGGUUGUUGAUGCUUCUCAUUGCCAGGGUUGUUCUUCUCAGUUCACCUUCAUCAAUCGCAAGCAUCACUGCCGACGGUGUGGAGGCCUGUUUUGUGGUACAUGUACCCAGAAAAGAAUGGUUUUGCGUGGACAGGGUGAUUCACCUGUGCGUAUUUGUGAACCUUGUAAAACACUAGAAGAAGCCGCACGAUUUGAGUUGCGCCAUGGACACAAAAGUAGAGCUGGGAGAGGUAGUUCGAAACCAACUGCAAAAAAUGAGGAUGACAUUUUGAACCAGAUUCUAGGUGUUGACAGAAAGGAAUCUUCUUCAUCAGGAGAUAUUUCGAGCAAAGAUAUGUCUCCUAGUAUUACUCGGGCAGCUAGCAGUGCAUCGUGUUCCAAUGUAGCUGGCAGUGACGAUGGGGGAGGAGAAAUACGGCGAAGUCAGUCCGUUGAUCAGCGUAUGCAGAAUGAUAUGGCAUCUUCGAGUCCUGAGGAAUUACGCCAGCAAGCGUUGGAUGAAAAAAGGAAGUAUAAAAUUCUAAAAGGAGAAGGGAAACCAGAGGAAGCUCUGAGAGCCUUUAAGAGAGGAAAGGAGCUAGAGAGGCAGGCUGAAUCUUUGGAGAUAUAUAUAAGAAAAAACCGUAAAAAGAGUUUGCCUUCUGGAAACAUAUCUGAGAUCCAAAACAAAGAUGCCACUAAAGAAUCAGGCAGAAAAAAUAGGGCCUCUAGUCAAGUGGGCAAGGAUGACCUGGCUGCUGAACUCCGGGAACUUGGUUGGUCUGAUAUGGAUCUACAUAAUGAGAAUAAAGGAUCCACAAGUAUGAGUUUGGAGGGUGAACUCUCUUCUCUUCUUGGAGAAAUGCCAAAGAAGAGUGGCAAACAAGGCCCGGACAAGACCCAGGUUGUUGCCAUUAAGAAAAAGGCUCUUAUGUUGAAGCGUGAAGGGAAGCUUGCAGAAGCGAAGGAAGAACUGAAGAAAGCUAAAAUCUUAGAAAAGCAACUUGAAGAACAAGAACUAUUGGCUGGAGCUGAUGAUUCAGAUGAUGAGCUAUCUGCAAUAAUCAACAGUAUGGACAAUGAUAAAGAAGAUGAAAUGCUAAUUCAGUAUGAGCACACAGACGGUUUUGAUUUUGAUCACCUUUUGGGAGCUGCUAAUGAUAUAGGCAUAGAUAGUAAUUUUGAAGUAACUGAUAAUGAUAUGGAAGAUCCUGAAAUAGCUGCUGCUUUGAACUCACUUGGUUGGGCAGAGGAUUCCAAUCCUAGUGAAGAUGUUGUGGCUCAGUCUGCACCUGUUAACAGGGAGGCAUUGUUAAAUGAAAUUCUUUCGUUAAAGAGAGAGGCUCUUUCUCAAAAGCGGGCAGGUAAUGUUUCAGAGGCAAUGGCCCAGUUAAAGAAGGCAAAGUUACUGGAGAAGGACCUUGAAAACUUUGAAUCUCAGCCAGAGAAUUUGACAUUUAAUCAAAAUGUCCCAGCUCCUCACACUGUUGAUAUAUCAGUGAAGUCAGCCAAGUUGGGUUAUGACGAAGUUAAUGCUAUGGAAGAUAUGGAAGUAAAACCUGCACGAAAAAGUAGAUUGGCGGUUCAGAAAGAGCUUCUGAGUUUGAAGAAGAGAGCCCUUGCUUUGAGAAGGGAAGGACGAUUGGAUGAGGCAGAGGAGGAAUUGAAGAAAGGCAAGAUUCUUGAGCAGCAGCUUGAAGACAUGGAGAAUACUUCCAACACUAAGACUGCACAGGUAACUAUUGGCAGUAGCGUGAAGGAUUCGAAAGGCGAGCACCCUAGUAUGUCAGUAACUCUGCCAGUUGAAGGAGAUGAUGUUACUGAUCAAGACAUGCAUGAUCCGACUUAUCUUUCAGUACUAAGGAACUUAGGUUGGAAUGAAAAUGAUGAGCUUUCAACCUCUUUGCCAAAACAUUCUACACAAAGUGAUUCUGAAAAAGUUAUUGAAUCUUCUUUUAUUCAAUCCGCUCCUAAGAUCCCAGCUAAGGCAUCAAGAAUAACUAAAGCUGAAAUACAGAGAGAACUAUUAGGCCUGAAAAGGAAAGCUCUUUCACUUCGGCGCCAAGGAAAUACUGAUGAAGCAGAGGAAGUGCUGGAAGCAGCUAAAGCAUUAGAGGCUGAUUUGGCAGAAAUGGAAGCACCAAAGGAAGUGGUUGAGUCGAAGUGGCCAAACGAAAAAUCCACUGUAGCUCCCCUUAAAGGUGUUGUGGAAGAAGUUGAUGAAAAUGUCACUGAGAAUGAUAUGACUGAUCCUGCUAUGCUCUCAAUUCUAAAGAAUCUGGGUUGGAAAGAUGAUGAAAUGGAACCGGUAACGAUGCAAGAAAAGCACUCUAAACAUCUUGCCACUGAGUCUUUACAUUCUAGCAGUCCAUCUGUCACGCAACCCUCUUUUCACAUUUCGGCUUCACCACCAAGAAGUAAAAGGGAAAUUGAAAGAGAACUUCUAGAUUUGAAAAGAAGGGCUCUUGCCCUUAGACGAAAAGGGCAAGCUGAAGAGGCUGAGGACUUGUUGCAAAAGGCAAAGGUAUUGGAAGCAGAAAUUGCAGAAUUGGAACCUCCUAAAGGAGAGUUUGUGCUUGAUGUGUCCAGAGACAGUAAACCUCAGAACUUUGAAUCACUUGCCAACAAUGAGAGGCAAGGGAUUUUGAAAGAUGAGGUGAAAGGUGAUUUUGGAUCCAACUUCUCUUCUCUUGCUAAAACCGAUGCUCCAUCAUCUUCCCAAAAUCUUAGAACAAAGGAUGAAGAUACCGUUGGAAAAAGUAGACCAGUAAAUGGAGAGCCUGUGGCGCAUAUGCUUGAUGUGAGUUUGAGUCAGGAGGCAUUUACUUCCCAGAACAACCAAGAUUCACUUAGGCAAGCAGUUUUAUCUCAUAAGAAGAAGGCACUUGCUUUGAAGAGAGAUGGAAAAUUGGCAGAAGCUCGAGAAGAACUUCAGCAAGCAAAGCUGUUGGAGAAAAGCCUAACAGAAGAUGGUACUCCCCCAAAAUCAGGCACUCCACCUAAAUCCGGCACAAAUGAUGGGUCAAUAUCUGCAUCCACUGGUCCCUCUCAUGUAACCAAGGAAAAGGGUGCAUCAAGUGUGGCUCCAAAACCGCUGUCUGGGCGUGAUCGCUUCAAGCUGCAACAGGAAUCCCUUGGUCAUAAGCGGCAGGCUUUGAAGCUUCGAAGAGAAGGUAGGAUUCAAGAAGCAGAAGCUGAAUUUGAAAUAGCCAAGUCUAUUGAGGCCCAGUUGGAAGAGUUGGCAGGUAACGAUUUAACAAACACUGGGGCAGGAAAAGCAGACGAUGUAGUUGUCGAGGAUCUUCUCGAUCCUCAACUUUUGUCUGCCCUGAAAGCUAUUGGAUUGGAAGAUUCUGGUGUCGUGGAACAUAACCCUAAAAGACCACUGCCCGUAAAACCCAAUGCUGCUAAAACCGACAAUGUUAAGCAACAUGAGAGAGUCCAGUUGGAAGAGAGGAUUAAGGCAGAAAAGGUCAAGGCAUUGAACUUGAAAAGGUCAGGGAAACAAGCUGAGGCUUUGGAUGCACUUAGAAGGGCCAAAAUGCUGGAGAAAAAGCUGAAUUCCUUGUCUUGAUGAACACUGAAUCAUACAGAUUUCCAUUUCCAGCUUGGAAAAAGAAUGGAGGUAUAUAGUAUUUGUGAAAUAAGUUGAAGUCAAAUAGCUAGAAUGAUUCAUUUUCCAUCUUAAGCUUGUAUACUGAAUUUCCA